AUGGCGUACCCGGGGGGCGGCGGCUUCCUGGGCUUCCUGGCCUGGCUCCUGCUUCUUCAGCUCGGGAUCAGCGACGCCCGGACGAGAGCGGCGGGCCCGCCGACCCCCUCUCCUCUCCCCUCAGGUGGCGGUGGCGAGGACCCCCUAGCGAGCGAGUGGGAGCCGCCCCUUGUAGGGGUUCCGGGACCCUCGGCGGCCCCCCAAUCCGGGUGGAGCGCAGUGACCGCCGAUUUGUAUUCGUUUGCCUCAGCAUGUGGCCAUAGGACUGUGAGGAUAGUUGGUGGAAUGCCAGCCCCAGAGAGGAAGUGGCCCUGGCAGGUGAGCCUGCAGAUCAAAGAUGAACAUCUGUGCGGAGGCUCCCUUAUCGCCAAUCGGUGGGUGCUGACUGCGGCCCACUGCAUAAUAGGCCACGUGGAAUACACGGUGAAGCUGGGAGACACAAACGUACGUCAUGAGUCCAGAACAGCAGUUGUGGUCCCAGUCCGAGACAUCGUUAUCCAUCAAUAUUAUAAUUCUAUUGGAUUAAUUGAAAAUGACAUUGCCCUUGCUCUCCUCGACUUCCCUGUGAAUUACUCCUCGCACAUCCAGCCUGUGUGCCUCCCUGAUAAGGCUUUCAUGGUGCAAGCUGAUACAGAGUGCUGGGUGACUGGAUGGGGGAAACUAAGAGAAACAGAAUUAGCACCCACAGAGCUUCAGGAGGCUGAGCAAAGUAUUAUUCGUUAUGAGAAAUGUAAUGAGAUACUCAAGAAAAAGACGUCAAGGAAGGUUGACUUGAUCAAGAAAGGGACUGUCUGUGCCUAUAAUGACAAAGGAAAAGAUUCCUGCCAGGGAGAUUCAGGGGGCCCCCUGGUCUGUGAAUUUAAUGACACAUGGAUCCAGGUGGGGAUUGUGAGCUGGGGCAUUGGCUGUGGUAAAAAAGGAUAUCCUGGAGUUUAUACAGAAGUUAGUUUCUACAAGGACUGGCUCACUAGACAAAUGAAUCAAGCUUCAUGCCUGGACUCAGCAGGCUUCCUCAUCCUACUCCUGUGUCUGGUGCUGCCCCUGACAUCCUGGUGA